GCCGCCCCGCUCGGUGAGGGCAGCUGGGCCCGCGCCUCCUUCCGCCGCAGUCUCGGCCUCAGCCUGGGCGGCCUCCUGCCCUGCGAGAGGGGCGUCGCGGGCAGCGGCAGCGAUGAGCGUCGCGGAGCGGCCUGAGGAGAAGGAGGCGGCGGCGGCCGCGGCCGGUCCUGGGCGCUCGCUCGGUCCUAGUGAUGUAUCUCCAGAUGAAGGAGUAGUAGAAGAUCUGCCUUUAAUAGAUGAGAAAGCUGUGGAGCAGCUAACUGAAGGAUUGAUUUCUUAUUAUCUGCCUGAUCUUCAGCGAUCAAAAUCAGCACUACAGGAACUUACACAGAACCAAGUGGUAUUACUAGAAACAUUAGAACAAGAAAUUUCAAAAUUCAAAGAGUGCAACUCCAUUCUUGAUAUUGAUGCUUUGUUUUCAGAAGCUAAACACUAUCACAACAAGUUAGUGAAUAUUAGAAAUGAAAUGAUGAUGCUCCAUGAGAAGACAUCAAAGUUAAAAAAAAGAGCACUUAAGCUGCAACAAAAGAGGCAGAAGGAAGAACUAGAACGAGAACAGCAACGUGAGAAGGAACUUGAAAGAGAGAAGCAGUUAACAGCAAAACCUGCUAGGAGGACAUGAAAGCAGAGCAUGCAACAAUUUCUCCGAAUUAAUCGUUUCUGCAUUCUCUGGAUUUAAGGCAGACUUUGCUUAAACCGGGCUAUAGCUGUUACUAGUAACAGUCUACUCUCUGAUACUAUAAAUUCCACAACGAUGGUAAUAGUGUUGGUAACAUUCAAAUUUUUUCAUUUCAGCCAUUCAAGUUGCCUUCUUUUGUAAUGCUAUGCAGUUUGAUAUUAUAAUGUAAGUUAAUUUUUAUAUAUAUAUGUGUGUAUAUAGGAGAAAUUAGACAUCAUGGUUUUAAAUACCCAUUCAUUUUUUCAUCUGUUCUUCUGGUGUUUAUAAUUCUGAGAGAUAUUUGGUGACUGGCAUACAUGUUUUUCAGACAAAAUACAGAAUACUAGUUAAAAGUUCAGUUCUUAUCACCGGACUUCAGUGGCUGCCUAUUUCACUGAAACUGCUUUGAUUCAGGAAGUUGGGAUCGCUUUCUGAUGCCCUAGUUCAUAAAUACUGACUUUUUGUGCAGCCUUAGUUCGGUGCAUCUCUAAUGAACUGAAGAAACUUCCAGUGUAUUUGCCUGAAGGCUUUCUUUAUUGCAGCAGGCCUAUUUUUUUGUCAUCAAGUAACUUAAGAACAGCUUUAAAGUAACUUCCGAGUAAGUUCCCAGCUGAAUUGGGUGUGGAGGAGAAGCAGAACACUAAAGAUUCUCAAAAUUGAUGUGUGCACAAUGCAAAGAUUAAUGAAUUUGUGCUUCCAGAAACAUUGAGUCAAACCAGGGAACUGUUGCUUCUGUAAUGGUUCAACAGGAAGACUGUGUGGUCUAAGCAGAUUUCUGUGGGAUUAAAAGUUGUAGUUUUUUCAUCUUGUGUGACAAAAUAAAACAUAACCAAAACUAAACAAUUUCCACUUCAUGUGAAAUUCAGUUACCUGUAGGAGAAACUACUGCAUUUAAUUUUUUUCCUUAACAAAUGAUUCAUUUGCACUUGGGGGCUAUGUAAGAAAAUUUUUGUUAUGCUGCCCUCACCCAAAUUGAUGAUUAUUUGUGUAUACUGAUGAUAAAUGUGGAAUGGAAGUUGAUAUCCAUUUCUCUGAAUGUAAUUGCUUUCUUGCAGCACCUGCUGUGAACUCCCAUUCAAAUGAAUGUACAUAUUGUCUAGACUGGUAAAAGAGCUUUAAACUAUUUGUUCCUACAGUCUAACAAACUAGUUAUUUUAUAUCUGUGUUAUUUUUUACGUAGUAAUUUAAGUGGUGUGUUUUGAAGUAAGAUGAAGGGUAAGCUAUGUAAAGUUUUCCAUAAAAUAUGUAUGGUAAGGUGCCAGAGGGGCACAGUCAAUUUUACGUUUUCUUCCAUUUUAGAUGACUUACACAGUGUACACCUGCCUGGACUCUUCUGUAUUGUAAUUUUCUGAACUCCUAAUUUCCUGUUCUUAAUAUUUGUCAUCUUUUUCUGUGAAAGACGUACUCUAACGAGUAAUCAUCCAACAUGCAAGGUAAACUGGGAUAAUGUUUUGGGGCAAGGAGAACAAAGUACUUAAAGUAGUCGGAAGAGACACUGAAAUGCUGUUACUGAAGCAGUAAUAGAUUAAAACUUUCCACAGGUAUUUUUCCUUUAAA